CUUCCCGUCGCAUGUUGCGCGUUCCUUAGCGGAGAGAUGAUAGAAAUGACACUUUCAUUAAACACAGAACUCACUAAAUCCAUAUAAACAGUGUUUUGUUUUGUUAAUCGUCUCAGAGAUUGAACGCGUUUUUCUGAAGCGAUGGAUGCGUCACGAGAGUUCACGGAUUUAAUAGCAGAUACGCGCGAACAACCCGAAAAGAAGAUCCUCCACGUGCUGUCAAAACUAAAAGAUGUUGUGGACAGGAAGUCUUUAGGAGAUCAGAGGGAUCUGGAGGAGUGUAAACGGACUCUUUACUCUCAUGGUGUUCUGCAGUAUUGCUCAUCUUCUCUGAGAUUCAGUCCAGCUCAGAUUCAAGGAGGAUGUGCGGUUCUGACUCAGAUGGCAGACAUCCUCAGCUCGUGCUGUGUGGGUCUGGGGUCUUUCAGAGGCAUGGAGGUGUUCAGUCACGAAUUUCUGCCUCCGGUGGCUGAGAACCUUCUUUUCCUGGCAGACCGUCUCAUGAACAGAGCUCUGAGGGACAAGGCACAGAAUGAGAUGAUUCGUUUGUUCAGAAGAGUCUUCGGUUCCAUCGGCUGGCUCCUCAGGGCUCACAGACAUCUUAGUCAUCAUGUAUUAAGGUCUAAGUAUUAUGAGAGAAUCCAGAUGUGUGAGGACGAUGACGUCUCGGUUGUUACUGUUACGAUGUGGAACGAGCUCUUCAGGGCAGAGAGCGCUGUUGUAGAUGAGAUGGGAAUCCGUGCUCUGACUGGAAUCUUGGAUGAUAUUGUGUAUAAAAUGUCCAGUAGCUCGAAUCCUGUGAUCGGCAGAGCCGCUGUGAAAACACUCGUCAUAAUAAUGGACCACAGCAGCUCGAGCCAUCAGCUCAUUCACAGACAAUACAAAGGUUUGGCUGAUUUGGUCGUGAAAGACUGGCGCGGUAAAGGAUUUGACUCAGUACUGGAUCAACUUAUCGACCGACUGCAGUCAGAGACUUUUCAGAGAGACACUGAGGAGUUGUCCGAGGAGAUGGUGAGAGCCGCGUGUGUGAUCCAGGCGGCUUGGAGAGCCCAUCAGACCAGAAAAAGACUGAAGAAACUCCCGCGAGCCGUCAGCACAAUCCAGCGGAGCUUCAGAGAAAAGCGCAGACGGCAACAAGAAGAUGCUGAGAGACAGCGGGCAGAGGAGGAAUUACGUCACCAAGUGUGUCUGAGAAGACAGAGAGCCAUGAGACAGUUCCGUCAACGGCAGCUUCAUCUCAUGGAGAUACUUCCAGCCGCUCAGGUGGAGAGAUAUCUGGGGGAGCUGGAGAAACAGGCAGUUGUGCUCAUUCAGAGAGUUUGGAGAGGUCACAGAGAGAGACGACGUUUCCAUCGACACAAAUACAGUCUCAGACAACACAGAGCUGCUGUCAUUCUGCAGAGAGUUAUUCUGCGGUUCCUGAAGCGCCGUAAAGCACAACAAAGCACUCUGACACCGACGAAAGGAAUCAAAGGAUUGACUGACAGCAGGAGGGCGGAGCUUAGGCGACAGACAGAAGAGCACAUCUCUCUGCAUCCUUCAUCAGUGAUGUCAGCCGAGGGCAGCGUGGAGCUCAAUCAGAGAGCUCAGAGUCUCCUGCAUCAGCACCUGAUCAACAGAGCGUCCGGUCGGCCGAGAGAACACCACAGACACGCUCUGCUCGCUCAGAUCAACACAGACCUCGAGCUUUUACUCAAUGCUCCGUCACUUAAGGGUGCCCAAGCGGAGGAUGUCGGCCUGUACUUAAGCCGUUCCCGUCCUGUGGCCACACGUGCCCGUCAAUCCCAUAAUGCCGUGAUCCAGAGCAUGCGUCUGCCGUGGUGGAGGAUGCUGGGAGAUGAGUUCUCCAGUCCGGAGGAGCUUCCCGGGAAAGAUUACGAUAUGGACAUGGAGUCAUUGUAUCUGGGUGGAAAUGAAAGGAGUUGAGGAGGUGUUUAUGGGAUUUUCAGGAAACUUUAUUUGGAAUAUUUCUCAUGCAUGAGCGUUCCUGAUGAAAGGAAAAAUGUCUGGACAGAAACAUUUCUUUUCUGGAUGAUUUGAACAUUAGACGUUACAGUACAAUCUUCAGCGCGGAUCCUCUUAAAUCUAAGAUGUGAAUAUGAAUGCAUGUACAGAAAUCAUUCAGACACAGAACUGCUGAAACAUUGAUGGUCGUCAAUGCCAAACAAAAUUUUUUACACUUGACAUUUAUACAGUAAUACAAGCAUUAUCUCGUACGCCAGUCAAUGUGUUUUACAGUUUUUUAAAUUACGGUUCAGUAUUUCAGGUAUGUAGUGAUAUACACAACUUUUGUAGUGAUGUUUCUUCCUCAUUUUGUGAAGCUGGUGUAAGUCCUUCUCUUAUCAGUCACUGGAUUUCACUUAUCGUUCUUUAUUAAAAGACAUUUUUUAUAUUUUU